AUGAGGGCCGUCAAACACCCGUUGAUGGACUGCUCUUACGAACCACAGAGCCGCCAUAGGAGGGACAGGCCGUACCCGCAUCAUUUCGAACAUGGCGACAACAACAACCACAACCGAAGCGUCUGCGACGUUGACACGGAGGCAUCGGUCCCGAGUCCCGAUAAUCCACUCCUCCUAUGGAAUCGGUGCUUGCCCUACUCGGAGGCCUUGGGAUCUGAAGCCUGGAGGGCGCCGAAAGCCCGGGCUGCUUUGGGUCUUGCAGUAGCAAUCUAUUCUCAUUCCGACUCCCUCUUGUUGCCCUGGUCGAUUCUCGGUCUGGGUCAUCUUCCGAUUUCCAUCCGCUCGUGUGAAUUCUCGGACUGUCAAGCUGAUGGUGGGGACGUGACUUGGGUCAAAGACCCAUACAGCCCACCGGAGGGGCCAGCAUGA